UGUUGUUUAACUUAAAAGGAAGGGUUUUUUUCCUUUGGGAAUAGAGGUGAGUUCUUUGAUUUUAUUACCUUAAAUCUCUCUUCUCUGUUAUAUUGGUUAAUUUAGUUACUCUGUAAAAUGUGAUUAGAUUUGACCAAGACAGAGCUAAUCAGUAGGCUAUUUAGGGUUCUUCCUUUGCUUUCAGAUUUUGGGGGUUUAAUGUUCUUAGUAUUUGAUGCGUAGAGCAAGUUAAGAACCUCUGUUUAAUCAGUAAUGGACGGAUGCAAUUGUUGAAAUUAAGGAAAUUUUUGUGAAUUUGUUAAACAUCGAAAACAUCGAGAAAUGCAGGAAGCUGCCACUGAUGAUGUAUCUCUCAGUACGAAGAAUGUCUUCUCGUCAGCUCUACGUUUUGCUAUGUCCAUUGAUACAUUGAAGAACUCUCCUGAGAUUGUUCAUGAGCUCAAAACCUCAGCUCAAGAACAAGUGGAGUUUAUGCUAUCUACAGACGAAGAGGUACGGUUACUGAUUUCUAAAGAGGAAGUGAAAUCGGUAGUGAGAUUAGGCAUCUCGAAUGUUAUAUCGACGUUGUUGGAUAGAUUAUCAUCUUUACUUAGCUUUGUUCCUGAAUGUCCUGAGCUUGGUGUGCUUAAGACACUCUAUGAUAUCGAGUGGCUAUGCAAAGUGUUGCCGAGGAUGGAGUUGAUGAAAGAUCUUGUCUUUAAGUGGGCUGAUGUAUCGAGGGAGAUGCUUAUGAUUGCUGAGAACUGUAAGUUAGAUUCUCAGAUAUUGGGUGUGAAAUUGAAGCUAGUUGAGGUUACAGGGAAGGUUUUAGAAGCGGUCGGUUAUGGAAUCGUGAUUGUUCCUUCUAAAAGCCGAACUAGUCUUCUAAAGAUAUGGUUGCCUUUCAUAAGGAGACUAAAGACUUUGGUUGAUGCAGAGGGAUCUGAGUCUGAAUACAGAAUGGAUGAAGAUCUUUGCGAAUUAAUAGAAGGAUCGAUGGUGUCUUUGGUUUUAACACUGCCUUCAAAUGACCAAGCAGAGGUUUUUGGGGAAUGGAUGAGAGGGAUUGGGUUAGAAGGUGUGAAGUUUCCUGAUUUGAGUGAAGCUUUUGAGGUUUGGUGUUAUAGAAGUAAGUCCGCAAAGAGAAGAUUGUUGGAAAGCUGUGAUAGACUUGCAAGUGAAAAUCUGGAUCCCUGAAUGUUGUAUAGCGAUUUCGAUCUGGAAGCUAGAAAUGCAGAACAUGUAAAUCAAUACGAAAUUCCAAGCUUUUCUUCUUCCUCAGACCGUUCUGUUCAUUUCCAAAGGUGGAAUGAAGAUGGAUAGUAGCUUUGUUCAAUGGACAGUUCACUCACAAUGCCUUGAGACUGGACGCAAGCGAGGAUAACCUGAUAAUUUCAAGUGUAUACAGAGAGGAGGGAUCCAAGUCACCUGAAUAUUCAUUUCCUCUCACAUUUAAUCUUCAUUGAAUAGCUUGCUGCUUCAUUGUAAUUCUUGAUUGUAUUAAGGCUGAGUGACAGAUAAGAUGGUGACUCUUGUAACUCUGAACCUGAUUUAUGAUAUAAAUUGUGCGGCCUUUGUUUAAGCUAA